AUGGUCUCCUUCACCAAAGCCCUCCUCAUCGCCAGCAGCGUGGCCAGCACCGCGCUGGCGAUGCCCUCGCACAUCCACGCCAACCGCCACACCGGCGCCAACCACCCGCACGUCACCCUGGAGCAGCGCAGCAUCAACAGCACCUCGGGCAAGCGCGGCGCGGCCUACAACAGCGCCAGCACGGUGACCACGCUGGCCCACAGCGGCACGGUGACCUGGGGCUACGACUGGAACAUGUACAGCGACGGCAGCCUGCCCUCGCACGUGGAGUACGUGCCGAUGCUGUGGGGCAGCAAGAUGUUCGGGACGUGGUUCACGGCCAUCGAGACGGCCCUGAACAGCGGCAGCAAGUACAUCCUGGGCUUCAACGAGCCCGACAACAGCGGGCAGGCCGCCAUGUCCUCCUCGGCGGCCGUGUCCGCCUACCAGAAAUACAUCACCCCGUUCAAGGGGAAGGCCAAACUGGUCACGCCCGCCGUCACCAACGGCGUCGGCGCCGACACGGGCCUCGCGUGGGCCGAGAACUUCCUGUCCGGCUGCGGCGGCAGCUGUGGCGUGAGCGUGCUCGCCGUGCACUGGUACGGCGACUCGGCCGCCGACUUCAAGACCUUUGUAGGCAAGGCCGUGGCGCUCGCCGACAAGUACGACCUCGACGAGACCUGGGUCACCGAGUUCGCCCUCAACAGCGCCGUUGGUGCCGGCCAGGGCACCCAGGAGGCCGCCUCCUUCCUCGAGGAGGUCGUCCCCUGGCUCGAUGGCCAGAGUGGCGUCGGCCGCUAUGCGUACUUCAUGUGCGCCGAGGGCUAUCUGUUGAACGGGGACGGGUUGAGUGCCUCCGGCCAGGCGUAUAUCGCUUAG